AUGCCGAUUGGUGCAGGAUGUUCUACACCGGGGAUUGUCCUUCAACUUGACAAGGAAUCCAUAUUAUGCCAAGGUGCAUAUGCCGCAAGCAAUCCAAUCUCUGGCUACAAUCCUCCCAAUUACAAUUCCGUAAGGACCACUAUCUUACAACGUGAGAAAACUCACGUAGAGAGGUUGAUGGAGCCCAUCAGGGGCACAUGGCAACAGAAGGGGGUCUCCAUUUGUAGUGAUGGGUGGGCGGAUGCACAAAGGAGGCCCAUCAUCAAUUUUAUGACGGUAUGUGAGGGUAAGUCAAUGUUCUUGAAUGUCGUGAAUGUCGAGGGAGAAGUCAAGAAUAAGUAUUUUAUCCAAGCACAGCUAGAAAAGUGCAUCACAGAGGUGAGACCGAAAAAUAUCAUCCAAAUUAUAACCGAUAAUGCUUCGACAUGCAAGGCCGCGGGAGGGCUUGUGGAGGGCACCCGACCUCACAUAUUUUGGACUCCUUGUGUAGUCCAUACACUCAAUCUUGCUAUCAAGAAUAUUUGUGCGGCUAAGAACACGGAAGCAAAUGCCAUGGCUUAUGCACAAUUACAUUGGAUUACAGAGAUCUCUGAUGAUACAUUGUUUAUGAAGAAUUUUAUCAUGAAUCAUUCUAUGCGGCUUUCCACGUUUAAUGAUUAUUCCAAGAUGAAGCUCCUAUCGAUUGCCGACACAAGAUUUGACUCGUGGAUUAUUAUGUUGAAGAGGUUUAAGGUCGUCAAUAGAGGCCUCCAAGACAUGGUCCUUAAUGAUCGAUGGAGCUUGUAUAGAGAAGAUGAUGUGGGAAAAGCUCAAUUUGUGAAAGAGAAAGUCCUCGAUGAUUUGUUGUGGGACAAGAUAGAUUUUAUUCUUGACUUCACUGGCCCAAUCUAUGAAAUGAUAAGGGUCACCGACACCGAUACACCAUGUCUUCAUUUGGUGUAUGAUAUGUGGAAUACAAUGAUUAAGAAGGUGAAGCAAGCUAUUUAUAAGCAUGAGGAUAAAAGGGAUAACGAGGAAUCUCCUUUUUAUAAGGUGGUUCACAAGAUCUUGGUGGAUCGAUGGAACAAUAACAACACCCCGCUUCAAUGCUUGGCACACUCUUUAGUUCCAAUGUACUAUCAUUCCACAUGGCUCAAUGAGAACGUCAAUCGGCAAGCUCCAAAUCAAGAUCUUGAGAUCUCUACGGAAAGAGCAAAGUGCUUAAGAAGAUACUAUCCUAACCCCGAUGAACGACGGGCGGUGAACUUGAAAUAUGCUAAGUUUGUAGGGGGCUUUGGAGGCUUUUAG